AUGUCUUCUACGACUCCAGGCACAGCGGGAACGGGCAAGCGGCGCAGUGGCACGGUGAAGAGACGAAGGUCUGCAAAAAAGCAGCGUGGCUGGAGAAGUGAUUCCUCGCGUAGCAGUGGCAAAAGGAAGUCGAAGAAGCGACGCCGCAGGAAGAGCUCGUCCAGCGAGUCUACGCCCAAGCGCCAGACCAAGCGCAAGAACAAGUCCAAGGCCAAGACAAAUGGUGUAAAGAACAACAUGUUCCGAUUAGCAGCCGAUCAAGAGCAAGAAGAAGAAUCAAGUGAGGACAGCAGCAAAAAGAAGAAGCGCAAAAGCAAAGCGGAUGAUAAUUCGGUGACCGAGGCUGGACAAAAGACCGACGGAGAAGCUUCGCAAGAUUCCUGCGAGAGCGAGUAUAGUUCUGAAUGCGAGCCGGAGGAUGAUCCAGCAGAGCCGGUGGAGGGUGCCACUGAAGAUCAGGAUCUGCCUCCGAUGGAAGGACAGCCACCAUCGCCAGCGGAUCCAGACUUGGCCGCAGUCCUUGCCGAUCUCCUUUUUGACAUAUUCUUCGCAUUGCUUUGGCAGUUGAUUCAGAAGUUCGGUCAGCCUCAACAUGCUUAA